AGACUCACCCGAAAACGCCGUCGUGGUCAAUGGAGAGAGAAAACAGAAGCGCACGACCAGCGUGGCACGGUUACUUGCCUGUCCCUAGCCAUAGUCGCUAGCACGCGCGCCAUAUAUACCGCCCCCGCGGCCGCGCGGCUCAGGAACGGGAAAGCUGCUCGAGUCCCGGUCCCCGCGCGCGCGCGACGAGUAGUGUCCCGGCCGGUGCAGCCAGACAUGGGGAGGUCGCCGUGCUGCGAGAAGGCGCACACGAACAAGGGGGCGUGGACCAAGGAGGAGGACGAGCGGCUGGUCGCGCACAUCAGGGCGCACGGGGAGGGGUGCUGGCGCUCGCUGCCCAAGGCUGCGGGCCUGCUGCGAUGCGGCAAGAGCUGCAGGCUGCGGUGGAUGAACUACCUCCGCCCCGACCUCAAGCGCGGCAACUUCACCGACGACGAGGACGAGCUCAUCAUCCGGCUCCACAGCCUCCUCGGCAACAAGUGGUCUCUGAUCGCCGGGCAGCUGCCGGGCAGGACGGACAACGAGAUCAAGAACUACUGGAACACGCACAUCAAGCGCAAGCUCCUCGCCAGCGGCAUCGACCCGCAGACGCACCGCCCGCUCAGAGGCGGCACUGAAGCCGCCGCCGGCAGCGCGGCGGUGCAGCUGCAGCACAUGACCAUCCCUUUGACAACCGCAGCCGCCAGGUUCGCCGCGAAGCCGCCGCCGCCGCCGGAGUCAUCGAACGACAGCGGACGCAGCAGCAGCGGCGCGAGCACGGGGGAGCCGCGGUGCCCCGACCUCAACCUCGACCUGUCCGUGGGGCCGGCGGCGGCAGCCGAGACGCCCACAUCGCAGCCGGUGUGCCUGUGCUACCGCCUCGGCCUCCGCGCUGGAGAGGCGUGCAGCUGUCAGGCUGACAACCCGGGCCCGCAGGGGUUUAGAUAUUUCAGGCCGUUGGAACAAGGCCAGUACUUAUGAGAUGCGAUGUGAGGCUAUGCUAGAUAGCUUCACAGCAAUUUGUAAGACACGGAGUGUCUAAUGGACACUUCUGUUUCAGAAAAAGGGUAAAAAGAAAAUCUGCUCUGCUCAUACAAUAUUUCUUUCUGCUAAAAAUUCAUCAUUUUCCCUUUUCUUUUGAUUGGUUCAACUUAUUCAGAUGGGGAAAAGGGGAAAUUGAUGAGUUGUAUUAUUGAUUUGAGCAUCAGUUAUAUUGUGCAAGACAUCA